UCGAAUACCAUUUGUUAUAUCUAAAUUAAAUAACGGCAACAAAUUCUAUAUGGAAGGAGGUAAUCAAACAGUUGCGAUUGGUUCACAGUUCUGUUCUCCUCAACCCCUUCAACUAUCCAUGAAGAAGAAGGUUUACUUCUGUGCUGGCCAUGGAUAUGAAGUUAAAGAUGCUUAUGGAAAUCUCGUCUUCACUAUUGAAAAUCUUCUUGGGUUCUUUUCUAGCAAGGUUCUUGUCUUUGAUGCUGCUGAUAUACCAAUUCUCAACCUAAAAAGCAAGAAAUUUUCGUGGCAUAGUAGAUGGCAAGCUUUUAAGGGAGACAGCACAAACGAAAAGGACCUCAUAUUUAGUGCCAAGAUUUCUUCAAUUUUCCAAUUCACCACAAAAUUGGACAUUUUCUUGGCCAAUAAUAUAUCAGAAGAAGUUUGUGAUUUUAGGAUGAAGACUAAUUUCAUGGAGUCAACUUGUGACAUUUUUGCUGGACAAUCAUCUACACUAGUUGCUCAGAUGAACAAGAACUAUACUGCAGGAAGUAUAUUCCUAGGAAGAGACAAAUUCAUGGUGAAAGUGAAUCCAAACGUGGAUUAUGCCUUCAUUGUUUCACUUAUAGUAAUCCUCGAAGAGAUCGUAAGCACAAGCCGAAGCAGCAGCAGUCAUUCAUAAUGUAUUUGUAUUAUAUUGUACUGUAUAGUUUUGAUGUAUAUAAUAUUUGAAUAAAUUGUAUUA